AGAAAAGGAAAAAAGGGGGAUGAAAUUAGGGUUUCGAAGGUGUAUAUGAGAGCCACCGAAUGUUCCACCCAUUUUCAGCUGCUUUGGGGAAGAGGACUAUCGUUUUCCUUUCGGAAUUUUCAUUUUGAAUCUUUCAUUUUCCAUUUGAAAUCAUGGGAAAGGGUCCCGGUCUCUACUCUGAUAUCGGCAAAAGAGCCAGAGAUCUUUUGUACAAAGACUACCAGAGCGACCACAAGUUCACCAUCACCACCUACUCCCCCACUGGAGUUGCUAUAACAUCUUCUGGAACGAAGAAGGGUGACCUAUUUUUAGCUGAUGUUAAUACUCAGCUGAAGAACAAGAAUAUCACAACUGAUAUCAAAGUUGACACAAGCUCCAAUCUUGUCACAACUAUUACUGUUGAUGAACCUGCUCCUGGAUUGAAGGCAAUAUUUAGUUUCAAGGUUCCUGAUCAAAGGUCUGGUAAGGUGGAACUGCAAUAUUUGCAUGAUUAUGCAGGAAUCAGCACAAGUAUUGGGUUGACAGCCAAUCCUAUUGUCAACUUUUCUGGUGUUGUUGGAACGAAUCUUCUUUCCCUUGGUACCGAUCUUUCAUUUGACACCAAAACUGGAAACUUCACCAAAGUUAAUACCGGACUGAGCUUCUCCAACGCAGACCUAAUUGCUUCCCUGACCUUGAAUGACAAGGGUGAUACAUUGAGUGCAUCAUACUACCAUUUGGUGAACCCUUUGACUAGCACGGCUGUCGGUGCGGAGGUUGCUCAUAGCUUUUCCUCCAACGAGAAUACCAUAACGGUUGGAACCGUACAUGCACUAGAUCCGCUGACCACGGUGAAGGCUCGGGUGAACAACUUCGGCAAGGCAAGUGCUCUUAUCCAGCACGAGUGGCGUCCGAAAUCAUUCUUCACUGUAUCUGGGGAGGUAGACACCAAAGCAAUUGAGAAGAGUGCAAAGGUUGGACUAGCUUUGGCCCUCAAGCCAUGAUAGGACAUUUUAGUCGCUAUGGCCGGAGGAAUUAAGGUAGGGCUUCUGGUACGUAGCCAACUUGUUUGUCUAAACUUUUGAUGAUACGAUGUUGAUGUCACUCCAGUUGUUUCGGGUUGUAGAAAUAAAUGUUAAGAUGAUGGUGUCAUAGACAACCUAUUUGGUACCCUUUUUUUGGCACUCUGAAUCAGGGCCCUUUUGAAACCAAGGCAGAUGAAACUUGUUGAGGAGAUUUACCAUUGAGAUAUUGUUCCAAUUUUUUUUAAUGCCUCUGUAUUCCAUUCAAGCCCCCACCCGCAAAAAAAGAAAAAGAAUAGAGAAUAAACGUUCUACCACUGUACUGCUGGUUUUUCCAA